CAAGUGUGACAUAAUAAUGCUUACAGGCCCGCCGGAGAGCAGCAGACAUCACUGCCUCAGCAGUUAACAAACAAGUUUAUCAUCUUUGAACAUUCCUGUGAAAAAUAUGCUAUUCAUCGGCCACAAAAAAUAGCCCGCAAGCUUGAGUGAUACGUGUAUCCCCGUCUGCCGGCCGGCAGAGUCGUUGUCCCCUCAGCCGUCCAUUUUUUCCUCUCCUCUCCUCCCUCCCUCCCUCCCACCCAGCUGCUAUCCUUUGUGCUUGAGUCUCUUUGUGCUUAGCUACGUUACACGCACCAACUCCACCACCAAGAACUGGGUCCGCCACUCCACCGGGUCCUAUCCGCCGGCGCUGUGCUCCGAUGAGCAGCUCCGACCCGAUCGACCACAUGUCGGUGAGCGAACGUCUGCAGCGGCUGGCGACGCCGUCGGCCCCGGCGGAGGACGACGUGGACGUGGACGGCGAUGGCGACGGUGCGACUUUCCGGGACAUCCACCCGUCCCCGGCGCCGGCGCCGCUGCGGCAGCCCUCCUGGGACGUGGCGAGCCAGCGCUCGCUGUCGUCCUACUCCGACGAGCAGUUCAUGGCCAGCAUGGGCCGCGAGUUCAACGCCAUGGUGGACGCGGGGGGCGGACCGCCAACCGACCCUUGCCCCGGUCCCGGGGACUCCGGCGCCGCGAACAACGACCUGCAGCUGGCGCGGAUCGGGGAGCACGAGCCCGUGCCGGAGACGAACCCGCUGGCCAUCGUGGCGGACGCCGGGCGCCCGCUGCCGCUGCCAGCGGGGCCGUCGUCGUCGUGCGCCCCGGCGGCGGAGGUGGUGGAGGUGCGGCAGGUGAAGAAGGACGAGGCGGAGGCGAAGGUGGCGGCGUGGCAGGCGGAGGAGGUGGCCAAGAUCAACAACAAGUUCAAGCGGGAGGAGGUGGUCAUCAACGGGUGGGAGAACCAGCAGAUCCACACGGCCACCACCUACCUGAGCAAGAUCGAGAGGAAGCUGGAGGAGGAGCGCGCCAAGGCGACGGAGAAGGCGCAGAACGAGGUGGCGCGGGCGCGGCGGAAGGCGGAGGAGAAGCGGGCGUCGGCGGAGGCGGCGCGCGGGACCAAGACGGCCAGGGUCAUGGAGCUCGCCAACUUCAUGAAGGCCGUCGGCAGGGUGCCCACCAAGCGCUCCUUCUUCUCUUUCUCCUCCUCCUCCUAAGACAUGACACGGCCGCCUUCUUCACCAACCAUCAAUUUCCUGUUUUUGAUCGACUUCGAUCUGUAUUAUUGAAUCCAGGGAUGUAACUGUACAGUGUUUAAAACAUUUGCUGGCUUGUAGCCUUGUAUGACUGUAUAUUAUUGAAAACAUUUUAAGGCUUA